CAGAGUUUGCCAAUUAUGAGAAAGAAGAUAUUAACCUAGAAGAAAGAAAGAAACACGCAAUUUCCAAACAGAAGAAAGCUACAAUAGCAAUUCUACAUGUGUUGGGUAAUACUUUGGUUGCCAAAGAUCUAACACAGGCGAGAGGUUUAGUAAUUGAACAAUCUGACGCGAUGAGUGGCGGUGGUCAUAAAGUAUCUAAAAGCGCUAUGAGCUCGAGAUUUACUUCUGAAGUAACAUCCGAGACAAUAGCGAAAUUGGAAAAAGACCGUGUCCACUUUGAAAUGCAAUGUAAAAGAACCUUGGAUCUUUAG